AUGUAUACCAAUUAUAACAGAAUAACGGAUCAAACAAACCCUGAGCCGAUGUUCAUAAUCGCUAAGCAAUCGGAUAUUCCGGACACUAAUAUGAGAACACUGUUUGCCAUACAAAACGCCAAAAUGGCAAAUGAUGUCCAUGAUGAUCGCAUUAAAUGGGUCAAUUUAGGUCUCAUGAAGUUUGAAAAAUUGUUUUCGAACACAGCAGUAGCCCUGUUCACUUUUGUAUCGGGUGCCGGUCCGGAUAUAAAGAAUGUGUACCCGUGGACAACGGAGACCACAGAAAGCCUGGAUUUUGAAAACGUUUUGGCCCAUGGAAUCGGUUUAUUUAAUAAUAGUUCUGUAGGACAAUGGGGGCACAUUUAUCAAGUGAUCGGUGGACUCGGGAUCAAGACAUCUAAUAGUGUGGAGAAAGUGGACAAACUGGCCGUACAGUUGAGGGAUAAGGGCAUCAAAUUGAAUAUAAUUGUCUUCCCCUUUGAUUCACACGAGAACAGAGUGAUCGCGUCUCCGCUCUUCCAAACGGCCGCUUCCGUGACGAGUGGACGGGUAGUCUACGUGCGCGAAGACUCAUCGGCCGUUCGCACGGCCCACCAAUUUGUCAAAGCCUUCGGUGCUCUCAGCGAUGAUUACCAGAUAAUCGAUGAGAAAUAUGUAGAAAAUUCCGGGGAUAAUAAAAUAGACUUCGAGAUCAAUGUCGACAGUACUCUGAAGGGAAAGACAGUGCGAAGUACACUGUCAAAUGUCAAACUACAAGUACCCACGGGUAGACCCAUUGAAAUGAACUUUAUAUCAAUCAACAAUUAUUUCGAGGGCUGUGUCUUCACCACCACAUCCGAUGACUUGUCAGGCAAAUGGCAUCUGACAGCCACUCGCGAUGUGAGCAAAUCUGAAUCGGUGGUCGCUGUGGUAGAAGUUGUCACCAAUUCAGUGGAUGACGAGUCCAUUACAGUCCAGUGUUGGCUCAAUACGCAAGUGUUUAAUCCGAAGACCGACACUAAUAGGCCGGUCAUGGCUUACGUCAACAUUCAUAGACAACUGGACGAACUCAUAGCCAAUGUUUCGGUCAAAUUGAGUGUUAUAUACGAAGCAAAGGGAAGUCAACCGAAAGUUAUCGAUAUGUAUGACGACGGGUCGGGCGCACCGGACAUCACGAAAGGGGACGGAAUAUUCUCCAACUAUAUCACAGACAUAGAAAAUCAGGGCUACUAUACCGUGAGCGCUGACAUUGCAAACAUAGAAAGUACGGUAGACUUCACCACAAACUUUGGCAGCACUUCUCUGCCCAAGACGUCCAGUGAUACGGCCUGUUGUGGCUCACGA